AUGUCUCAAUGUGUUGACGGAGAAGCCGCUGCUCACAUGAGGGUUCGAUACGACUUCGAAGGUGAACGUGUCCAGUUGCACGCCAAUGCAGCGUUGAUUAUCAUUCAGGGUAAUAUCCCAGUCAGAAAAGGAACAACGGCUCGUGUCUAUCAACUAUGGGGAAGGUGUGAGACGUCUAGUCAGUUUACAUAUGGGAAUCCUGAAAUCGGGCUGCAACUUUAUAAGGCGGAUGACCUGUGUGCAGUAUGCAUGACAAUCGAUUAUGAUAGUCGCCCCAUCAUUUUUCCCUUAAUUGCCUUCUGGGUGGUCAAUUUCCAACCCCAGCACUGGUGGCUCUUUCGUUCUAAUUUGCGUUUUCAUUUUCCUGAUGGACUAAAGGAAUUUUAA